UGUUUUGUUAUCGAUUGCUAACCCAUUUGGAGGCGCCAGUUUCCUGGCAACAGCCCAUUAUAGCGCCAAUCAAUCGGCGAGUGAAUUGGUCAGAAGUUAGGUUUUCGAACAUUUCUCCCAUCGUCGGACGUUGAAGAUUCUUCCCAGCGAUUACCAAGGGUAUUGUAAGGAUAUGUCGAACGUGCUGAACACCAUCCUUGCUGUGGACAAGGAGCAGGAAUUGCUGCAAAGCUUCAUACGAACCGGAGCAGCGGCGGAGGAGGAGUCGCAGGACGAGACCAAUCGGCGGUCCAAGGGUCGCUCCCACAAGCCUCCCAUCUGGGAGAGGCGUGAGUCCACGGAUCGGGGCGGACGCGGUGCUGGACGGGAUGGAAAGCAGGGGGAUGACGGAGGUGCUGGAGGAGGAGCAGGAGGCGACGCUGCGGGCGGCAAGCGUGGCAAUCGCAUUGAGGCCGAACUCAGGGCCGCACGCAAAAAGAUCGAGGAGCAAAUCGCCAAGAAGAAGAAGCCCAAGGAGAACUUCGUCGACUUCUACACGGACAAGGAUCGGGCGGCAGCGGUCAGCGCUGGAGCAUUUGACAUCAAGCAGAGUCUCCAGAUCAAGCAGAAGCAGGACCGCAACGAGGCACUGCUCAUCCCGGACGAGGCGGACAUCAGUUCGGUGAUCGCACUGGGGCUCAAGGAGAUCAAGAAUGCCAAUCCCGAGAACGCGAUACACUUUUUUUGCAAGGCUCUCGAGCUGAAUAGCACCGACAUCAACGCUUUGAUUUCGCGUAGCAAGUGCUACUUGUUGCUGGGCGAGGCUUCCAAGGCGCUGCAGGAUGCGGAGACGGCUCUGGGGGAGGACAAGAACAACAUUCGAGCCAUCUACCAGAAGGCUGAGUCGCUGUACUACCUCGGGCAGUUCGAGCAGAGCUUGAUGUUCUUCCAUCGCGGGCUGAGGGCUCGCCCGGAACUGGCUUUGUUUCGCCUGGGCGUGCAGAAAACGCAGGAGGCCAUCGAGAACACCAUCGGCAGCAAGCCGGGUCCACCAGGACCAACAGCAUCUGUUCCCAAGAGCGGAAAGUCGCGGAAGUCCGGCGAGGAUACACCAAAAUCCCAGGCGGCGGGAGCAACGGGAACCAGUGCCAGGACGCGCCAGAAACCCAGUCGAGCGGAUCUGGAACGACGCAACGCCCGCAAGCUGCUGGGCGAACUGUGCGUGGACAAGGAGUACCUGGAGAAGUUGCUACUCCAUCCGGAUUUGGUCCGCGCGGACACACACACGGAGAGCAUCUCCGCCUACGCCCGCGAGGCGGUGGAGUUUCUCAACAAACGGCAGGAGUUCUGGCGCCAACAGCGUCCCUGCACGGCGCUGCCCAAUCAUAAGAACCUGCCCCAUGACGCUCUGCCCAAGUGGUUCUAGUGGUUCCAGCUGCCCAAUUCUACUGACUUGUUCAGCUUCCGGUGUUAAGUUUCGGUUUGAAUUGAGUUGGCUUGAUGAGCUGGUAUUGAAUAAAUAAAUCAAUUAAUUACGAAAA